AUUAAAAGUCCUGUCAAGAUUACAUUUUCGCUUGGGGACAUUGUGCGGCUCAUUACUGACAGUAAAACUCGUUACUUUUAACUUCCUUCGUAUAAUUUUGACAAAGAAUGAUAGAAGAUAAUCUUUGUAAACAAAACGUUGUGUAGGUUUUCAGGCUGUCCUUUGUAUUUUUAACUUGUUUACGUCGAGGCGCCUGAGCUGCUGUCGACAGGAGAAGGCUGCACGGUCUUCCUUUCGAUGUCAACGCCUUCACUGACUGGACUGGACGGGGAUCUCCGCUGGUGAAUUUCUUAUCAUUUCCUCCGAUCUGUAGAUCAGUUGAUGCAGCCAGCCUGUGAGCGGAUGAAUGCCAAAGCCUCUGGUUUUACCGUCGCCAAAAGGACUCCAUGUCUUUCUUGGAUUGUUCCUGCAUCUCCCACGCUCAGGUCCAGCCCAUGGACAUAGAGGAGCGCUAUGAGGACACCAGCCACCAGUUCCUGAGCUGUGACGGUUCUGAAUACACUCUGCAAGGGCCAGCAGGUGGUGAUGACAUCACAGGGCUGUCGGCUGACCCAGCCCACUACCAGCUACUGUCAGAGCUGGGGAGGGGCUUCAAUAACCUGAGCCAGGUGAGCAUGGCACGGCACAACCCUACUGGCCAGCUGGUGGCCGUCAAACAAACCAACCUGGACGAGUGCACCGAGGAGGAGCUGCUGCAGCUCAUGAACGAGGUUCUGCUUUCACGGCUUUUCCGUCACCCCAACCUGCUGACCUCCCGCCUGGUUUUCAGCUCCUGCUGCCAGCUGUGGGUCCUCACACCGCUCAUGGCCUACGGCUCUGCAGACACUUUACUGAGGACAUAUUUCCCAGAUGGAAUGAGUGAAUCCCUGAUAGCGUACUUGCUGUACGGUGUGCUGAAAGCGCUGGAAUACCUGCACCGGAUGGGCUACGUUCACCGGGGGGUGAAGGCCAGUCAUAUCCUGCUGUCAGGGGAGGGGCGUGUUUACCUCUCAGGGCUCCACAGUGUUUACAGUAUGAUGCGUGAGGGGAAGAGGAUGAGGGCGGUGUUCGACAUGCCCCAUCACAGCCCCGCCCUGCUGCCCUGGCUCAGCCCUGAACUACUGCGACAGGACCUGCACGGUUACGGAGUGAAGUCAGAUAUCUACAGUUUAGGUAUUGUGGCCUGUGAGCUGGUCAGCGGCAGGGUGCCCUUCCAGGACAUGCCCCCCACUCAGAUGCUGCUUCAGAAGCUGCGCGGCUCCCACUGCUGCCUGCUCGAUGUGGCUCCCUUCCCGCUCGGCGAGCUGGGGGGGCUGAAGGUGUCGCGGUCCGGGGUGGACUCUGGCAUCGGGGAGAGCGUGGCCACCGGAAGCCUGACACACAGCGCCACCGCUCCUCCCACCGACCGACCUCAGAGCCCCGGACCUAAAAACCACUCGGCCACCCUGCACAACCUGGUCCAGCUGUGUCUGCAGCAGCAGCCUGAGCGCAGACCAUCAGCAUCUUCACUGUUGACCCACGCCUUCUUCAAGCAGGUGAAGAGGCACACUAGAGACUCCUUCCUCAGCCUCAUGUACCCAGCAGUGCCCCUCACCAGCCCCGAGGACCCUCCAGUGUCCUGUCCCCCUGGUCCGUCCUGCCAUGCUCCGACACCGUCCACCGCCGACACUCCUGAGGCUGUUUGGGACUUCUCCUAA